GAGUACUUCACAAGGAUUUUCUGAUAUGAGGUACCUCCUUCUGCUACUUCUCCCUGUGGCGACAGUGCUAGCCUCUUUCGACACUUAUGUCGGACGAUCUCCUAGACCCUACCUCGAUCACCAGUGGAAAGUAUACAAACAAUAUUUUCACAAGAAAUAUCCACGCAAGCGGGAUGACCUCUUACGAAGACUCGCGUGGGAGAAAUCAGUGGAGAUAAUGUGCGAGCACAACCUGGAAUAUGACAUCGGAAACGCUAGCUACGAACUGACCAUCAAUAGGUACUCCGAUGCUACGGAAUCAGAACUGCGUCAGAUUCACCAAGCGAAUCUAGGGCGUCGGAAGCCACAAGCCAGGUGGUUGGUCACUGAAGAGGAUACGCCAUACAACGUUCCUGGAAUUCUCGUCACGAGGCCGCCAACGAAAUACCUUGACCGUCAGUGGAAGCUCUAUAAGAAACUCUACGGCAAAACUUACCCGCCGAAUGAGGAUCGCUUGAGGAGGAAACUCUGGGAGAGGACCGUGGAGAUAGUGUGCAGGCACAACCUCGACUACUACGUCGGGACUGCGAAAAACCUGAUGUCGCUUACUGACUAUGCGGAUCUGCUACUGCAAAAUUUUUGGGACGCGAAUGACAAGGACUGA